AUGCAACAAAACACCAACUUUAAUGCCUUUCAACUCCUUCCUCCCGAGAUUUGUUUCAUGAUCUGGGAGUCAGCUUACGAAGAUUGGCCCGGUCGAGUUGUCAAAAUCACGUCCGAAGGAAAUUUCGACACAGACAGUGAUAGAAUUGCCAUCGAAGCGGGCCCUUUACCCACAUUGCUUCUCGUUAAUUCCGAGACCUGACCUUCCACGUUCUUAAGCGACGUUUCAUAAAACUUCCUUUCUCACCGGACUUAUACAAGCCGGGGAGCUCUUCACUUCGUCAACAGUGUCUUUUUCGACAUCUCAAAAGAUACGUUCUUCUUCCACAACAUCCAAGAACCCGAACCCAACGACCAAGUGACUGCUCUAGUCCAAGCGCCUGGACAGACUGCAGCAUUUGUCCAGGCGCCUGCUCCCCUAGACAUGGUUUUUACGCGUCUCUUUGGUGAUUACGCUACUGAUAUAAGAAAUAGCCUAACAACUCUAUCACUUGAUUGCCAGGCUUAUUCACUUUAUCUUCACCGUUUUGUUAAGAGCUGGGAUCACACUGGCAUAUUGAAACCACUGAGAAACUCGCUUCCUAAGGCUUUGAAACUCACGAUUUGCUGCGGGUGUAAAUGCCGAAAGACUCUUAUGUCAAAAGAGAAUGUUUUAUAUUGGACCGUAUCGCCCCCCAGAACGCCCAACAAUGCAGCUCAACAGCCACAAGUAACGGAGGAGAGCCUUGCUUUGGAGUUUCAGUAUUAUUGUUCAUAUCACAAGAGGCGGAAUCCAUGCUUCUUCAUUGAAAGCUUUGUUGAAGAUUCCAACGGAGAUCCCGAUAGUGAGUCAGAUGAUGACGCUGAGGAUGGUUCUGAUGAAAGCCCCGAUGAGGAUUCUGACGGGACUUCUAAUAAAGACUUCCGUAUCGUUUUUGGCGACGAUUCCGAUGACUAUGACGAUUCCGAUGACGAUCCUGAUUUGAAUGCUUAUUAUAAGUAUUAUAUCUUAUACUAG